UUCAACUCUUCUAGAAGAAUAAGUAUUCACAAUACAGUUAACAGUCAAAUCAAAGAAGAAAUAAUUUCAGCAUAACCAUUAUUUACUAACUUAUCAGUUGAUAUAAAUGAAAUAUAAUCUAUACUUUACUCAAUUAAUUUUUAUUUUACAGACUAUAAUUAUUCUUUUCAACAAAAUUUAUAUCAUAUUUGGCUAUGAAUCAAAAUCAAUGAUGUCUGGUUUAUUUAAGACUAAUAAUGAAGUUAUUAAUAACAUAAGUUUAUCAUCAUCAUCGUCACAGUAUCCCAGAUCCGAUUAUGCAAAAAUGCCUUCUAAUGAUAAUUUUAUAAAUUUUCGUCAAUCUAAACAAUCAUUAAAGAUGAAUACUAUGAAUAAUAAAUUAACCAAUUGUCAACUGCAGUUGGAAUGUUCUACUGAAAUGGAAAAUAUUGAUAAUAAACAAAUGUCAAUAAUGAAUUUUUCAACUACUCAUAUUACUGGUCGUAUACGUAUACCUGUUCGUAGUGGAAGAGGACCAGCUGGACCACCCGGUCCACAGGGACCUCCAGGACCACAGGGUGCAAGAGGAUUUCGAGGACCACCUGGCGAACCAGGUAGUUUACAAGGAGAUGCCAAAAUGAUCAUAUCGGACUCAUUAUCAAACCAACGGGUUUUACUCAACCGAAUUAAACGUUACCGAAGUGAUGUUGUACACAAUGCAACUACUUAUGCUCACUCCACAUCUACUUACAAAAGUGAGAACAACUAUAACAAUAAUGGCACGUUCUGA